AUGGAGCUGGGCAAAACCGUAAAGUUUCAGAUAUGCGAAUCAUUUGUUUUCGAUUUUAUGCCCGACACAUUGGGAUCGUUAAUCGAGAGCAGUGCGCUCGAUCUUGUCGACAUGAAAAUCUACACUUGGCAAUUGUUCAAUGGCCUACAAUAUCUUAGCCAGUUACAAAUCAUGCAUAGAGACGUGAAGCCAGUCAACGUCCUCGUAGACCACGCACAGGGCCUCUUAAAAAUCGGCGAUUUUGGCUCCGCAAAAGUCAUACGGCCAGGAAUGACGUCAACACCAUAUCAAGUGACACGAUUUUAUCGACCGCCCGAAUUACUACUCGGAUCUGAAAAUUACAAUUGGACAGUUGAUGUGUGGUCUGCUGGUUGUGUAGUAGGAGAGAUGGUGAAAGGCAAUGUGCUUUUUCCCGGACGAGAUACAAAGCAUCAGUUGAAAUUAAUUCGACGAGCCUUGGGUAGUCCCACCGACGCAGAUAUGAAAGCGAUGAACAUUCCCAGACCAGCGGACAGCAUUCCUGAACGAACGGCUGGCUCAGGACUUGCUGCGCUUCUUCCUUCCGCUCGGCCUGAAGUUGUGUUCUUCAUCAGUAAAAUACUUGUUUACAAACCAAAGGCAAGAUUGUGCGGAAAAGAAAUUUUACGGGACCCGUUUUUUGAUUCGCUGUUUCGAGAUGAAUCCAAAGUGAAGGCAAAGCUGAGUUCAAUAAUAAUGAGGACGAAGCUAGACUUCAGUUGCGACGAUGAGUCAAAAGAAAGUAGGAGCCGUGAAUCUGUUGUUAACGUUCAAAAGGCUAGUAAAAGUGCCAGCAAGGAAAGACGAUUAUCUACUGACUCGACUGGAACUGGUGAGGUAAAGAAGAGGAUAAGAAAGAAAUCCAGAGAACGAAUGACAAUGGCUAAAACUGCCAAAAAAGGAAAAAGCGUUGGUUUUUCAUUCAAGAGCAUAUAG